UCAUAUAUGAUGACGGACGUAAAAGUUGUGACAGUGGUGAUUUUGUGUGGCAAGAUGCUCCUGAACACUAUUGCUUACAUGUAUACCCUAGACAAACUCCAAAGGAUAAUAGAUACAUAGAGUUAUAUCAAGAUUCUUGCUCUUAUGUUGAUGGUACUAUAGGUAGUUGGGAUAUAUUUAAACAUAAAUACGCUAAUUGUACUGAUGAUCCCAUUAUUGGCAUUGGCGUUCUGCCGGGACCUUCUCCUACAGGAAGUAAAUCUCGUAAACGUCGUAAUAUUUUGUCUCGUAAACAUCGUAAAAUUUUGUAG